CGGUGACUGUGGCUCUGCCCCUGUCUGGACCUCCAACUCCAAAGAAGCCAGAGCCAGCUAGAGCUACGGUACGGACGAAAGGCUUCAUUUAUUCAUUCUAAUAUUUUGGAUUUGAGGACCUGACUUUUAUAGAAUUUUGGGAUAUGAACUAAAUAUUGAAGCAAGAAAAGUUCUUGGACUGAGCAUGGAGACAGAUUUCUUUAUCAGCAACAUCCAGAAGAUUGUUCUCUAUGAAACCAAAGCUCGUUUUUACGUCAUAGGCUCAAACAAUGCUGAAACAGAAUUCAGAGUUUUGAAGAUUGAUCGAACAGAAGCUAGAGAACUACUUCUUACAGAUGAUAAGAUCGCCUACACUCUCCCUCAAAUCAAAGACCUCCUACAGACGUUGCGCCAUGGCAACAGAGGAAGCUCUACUGCCCCCUCCUCUUCUUCAUCCAAUCCCAUGGCCGGAUGGUCAAGGAAUGUCUCCGCCUUUGGGAUAGCAGGUUUUGUCAAGUUCCUAGAGGGGUAUUACAUCAUCCUUAUUACUAAAAGAAAAAAAGCCGCUAUUAUUGGAGGUCAUACCAUCUACAAGAUUGAGGAUACGACUAUGGUGCACAUCCCUCACGAUAACUACCGCAAGCAACACCCUGAUGAAGCAAGGUAUCUCAAGAUGUUUCAAAAUGUGGAUCUAUCAAGCAAUUUCUACUUCAGCUACAGCUACGACCUGACACAUUCCUUGCAACACAAUCUCAGUGCUUACCAGAAUAAAGAUGAAUUGGGAAAUCCCCGGGUGGUACCCAUCCAGACCAAGCCCAAGUUUGCCUGGAACCACUUCCUCUGGAGCAAGCUCCAGGACCAGGUCCAUCCCUGCUGGGCCAUCCACAUCGUCCAUGGAUUCGUAGGACAGUGCAAUGUUUGUGUCUUUGGAAGACCGGUGUUGAUCACCAUGAUAGCUAGGAGAUCUGCUGAAUAUGCCGGCACUCGAUUCCUCAAGCGUGGAGCAAAUUCUGAGGGAGGAGUAGCUAACGAAGUUGAGACAGAGCAGAUUGUUCAUGAUGCCUCCCUAUCUGAGUUUAAGACUGGACGCUUCACCUCAUACGUCCAGCAUCGUGGUUCAGUGCCAGCCCUGUGGUCUCAAGACGUCACUACGAUCGUACCCAAACCACCAAUCAGUAUUGACAUGGCGGAUCCCUUCGCUCAUCUGGCAGGACGUCACAUCAAUGAUCUCUUCAGCAGGUUUGGAGCUCCUGUGAUUGUUGUCAAUCUUGUAAAGAAACGAGAAAAAAGGAAAAGGGAGAGUCAUUUGACGGAAGCCCUCACUGCUAGUCUUGCCUACCUGAACCAGUUUCUCCCUCCUAAGCACCAUGUACAGUAUAUACACCUUGAUAUGGCAAGAUACACCAAAAAUAAGCAUGCUGACGUAAUGUCAAGACUGGAGAAGAUCGCUUCAAGUUCGGUAGAGAAGACUGGUAUCUUCCUAAGCGGACAUGGUAUCCAUCCUAGCAUACCUGUCAGAGAGGGCGCCAGGACUGAUAUACCCCAGGAGGGUUCUAGUGAACAGAUCUUCAUCAGACAGAUGGGUGUAGUGAGGACCAAUUGUGUAGACUGUCUUGACAGAACCAACACAGCUCAGUUUGUCACAGGAAAAUACGCCCUCGGCCAUCAGCUCUACUCACUUGGUGUGGUUGACAAUCCCCUGCUUGAGUUUGACUCGGAUGUCGUCAGGAUGCUAGAGGAUUUAUAUGAGGACAUGGGAGACACGUUAGCCCUGCAGUACGGCGGUUCCCAGCUCGUACACAGUAUCAGUACUUACAGGAAAAUAGCCCCAUGGACAUCGCAUUCCAGAGAUAUCAAACAGACUCUGUCGCGCUACUACAGCAAUGCAUUCUCGGACAAUGACAAGCAAAGUGCAAUCAACCUAUUCCUGGGGGUGUUUACACCAAGAGAAGGACUUCCAAACCUCUGGGAGUUACCCACCGACUACUACCUGCACCACAGUGAUGCCAUCGGCGCUGGAACAGAAAAGAGAUGUGCUCAGUGGUAUGACAGCAGCGUCUUGGAAUGUCUUCCCUUGCCACGAGAUGAAGUCAAGAAGACAAUCGUGAUAGAAACCGCCGACAUGAACCACCUCCCAGAGGACUGCAUUGACACAUAUUUUGACCUCUAUCGUCCAUCCCAGUUGGCGUUCUUGGACGAGAACUUUUUCUUCAAGCUGAUCCCGCACUCACUGAGGCACUACUCAAGCAGAGAUUCAAAGGAAUUGAGUCCUUUUACAUCGAGAGUUUCUCCCCAAAGCAAGAGAACCGAGGAGAACAGUUCCAAGUCCAGUCGAGCCGCCAGAGCAGGCACACCCAAGUCCUCUUCUGAUGAUGGUUCAAGCUCCUAUGGGACAUCAUCCAGUAGUGAUGAGACGUCGGAUGAUAGUUCCAUGGAUGGAGCGCUAGGGACCGCAUCCUCAUCAUCACCCACUAUGAAGGAUAUGUUUCCUACAAUGAAAGAAGUGUAUGGUGUCAAAAUCAAAUCACCAGAGAGAAAGGAUGUAGCUUUGUAUCAGAGGUGCACAACAAUUUCCAAUAAUGCUGGGUUUUCAGCUGUGGGAAUUAACUCUAAACAAGAGGUGAUGUCCCGACAUUCAGACGUCUCCAAUUCCCCAAUCAAACGGUGCAUGAAGAGAGCCACUAGAAUAAUCCCGAGCAGUGUUUUUUCCCUGGACACCUCUGUGCAGGUCACGCCGCCGACUGUGGACAGAGUGUCCCGUUCCAUGUAUGAGGCCUACGUGAAUUGCGGAGCCAACGGUCCGAGACCCUGUUUGGCCAAAGACCUGAGUCGAUACAGAGAAUACCUUCGUGAGCCAAGACAUCAUUGAUGCGUGAUCUUUCAAAAUUUCUGUUCGUUUCUGAUGCCUUGUUACUGGCUCGACCUUGCAUCCUCGAAAUGGAUUGUUUUGUUGUUGUUUUACAUCAAAGUGCACUCUUCAUUAUAAAGGGAAAACCACAACAAAAAUAAGUUGAUUUGAAUAGAAAUAGAGAAUUUAGAAAAGUGUAACACUGAAAAUUGCAUCAAAAUCAGAUGAAAAGUAGGAAAGUUAUGGUAUUUUUAGAAAACAUUUUAAUGUGGCCCAUGUUAUUUCAUUGGCAGCUCGUUUAUCAAGGUCUGUGAAUAUGAACUUUAUAAACAUUAUUUGCUGGAAAUUGUUGAAUUUGCCCAAAGUGAUGAUAACUUGUGGCAAUUCUACUGAGAAUCACAUGCACUGCUCACAGCAAUGAGUAUGGGAGUACACACACUCAGGUUAUCAGCCUAGCUGUUUCAACUAAUACUGGUUAUAUUAUAAAUGCAAGAGCAUUUUGAAAAGAAUUUGUCAAGUAGCGACUUUCAUCAUAAAAUAUCAUGUGACAGAAUUUCAAAGCUCACUUUUUUCCCUUCAUAUUUCGUACAACUCAAAUAUUAUUUAAGGUCCUUUUGGCACCAUGAUCUUAGUGAAAUGUAACCAACUGCGUAGACCCGCCCUUCUUGCUCUAAAAUGUACGGUAUUGACGUAUGGAAAAUACCAGAUAGGAUCCCACGGUCCCAAUUUCAGUCCGGUUCAGGGAUAUGACGCAUUAGACAAUCAAAGCAUCAAUAGUCAGCCAUCUGAUGCCAUCUGUCUUUUGUUCUAUGACAGCUCCAGUCCGCCUCCCUUCCUCUCCUGACAACGCCCCCUUCGAAAGUGUGAACAAUCUUGUUGUCCCCAUCGAUUUGGAGGAACAAAAGAGGUGUUCCUGAUUGCCAAACAAGCAUUGUUUAAGGGAGAAUGCAUAUUUGGCUGGAUGUCAAAUGCAUGGUGACAUGUGUGCAGUACGUGAUCCCCGAUGCAUGCCGUUUAGUGCUAGAAAGGCAUUGCAUGAUAAUUAUCUGACCACGUACAUGUAGUUGAGAGAAAGUGUGUCAAAUGAAAGAUCCUUGUGUUACAAUUUUGGUAGUAUAUUCCUGUUUCACCAUACAUAUACUUGCAGUCACUGAAUGGCAAACAAAUUUAUAUAUGCCAUGAUUUUACAAGUUUUUCUAAAGUUCUAGCACCGUCUUUGAAAGCCACUUUGAAACUCAAGAACCUGAACUUCCCAUUUACUGCCUAGAUUCUUAGUCAGAAGGCAACAUUCAUAUGAUAUCUUAUGAUAAAUGCACUCUAGUUUGUUUACAGCAUUCAUACCACAAUAUAUUUGCCAAGUUAAAAUGUGACCUGCGACCCCCAAACCAACAAUAAUUCAUUAAUUAAUUUCAAGAUUUUGUUUUGGAAAAGCACAUCCUAAGGUUUAAAAUGAUAUCAAACUCAUCAAAACUGAUCAACAUUAGCCCACGCAAGUACUUGAUUGAAUGCAAUUUAGAAGAAAUUCAGUGAGAGCUUCCAAAAUACGGAGAAGCAGUGGCAGUACUCGACCUAGAUGAGGUUAUUGGGUGCCCAGUUGAUGUACAAUAAGACAUUCAUGUCGUUUACACACUGAAGUCAAAGUGGAGUUACGCUUGAGUAACUCCGGGUUGAGUUGAUACGCUUUCAAACUAGCAAGUGCCGUAGCGGUGUAUCCGCAGUCGUUUCUGUGCUUUCCAAGCGAGUUUGCGCCUUAUGUGUGGAGUGUGGAAUCUCCUCCAUGCGAAAAUGAAUGAGAUAAGCAAUACCGCACUUCUGGUGUGGACUAGCUCCGUUUGUAACCCUUUUCUCAAUGUGGAUCGAAGUAAUCCUAGAAUUUUUGUACUGCCCUCCAAAGUGGAGUAACUCCUUCUUGACUACGGAGUAACUCCACUUCGGCUGUCAGUAUGAAAGUGGCUUCAGAUCGGUCUAUUUACUAGAACCCAUAUUGCCACACCAUUUUAAGUCUAAAAUCAAUUUUUUCUUAGGAUUCUUAUUUGCAAGAAAACAAAUUACCAGCUGCAAGAUUCAAAUAUCAAAACCAUUGUCAAUUUCGAAUAUUGGUUUGACCCUUUUUUUUGCAAUUUCCUAAUGCUUCUCAUAGAGUUUAGAAUAUACAUUGGAGUCAUUUAGAUUUGUGAUUUAAAAAUAAUUUGUAUCACUUUCAAGUUAUUGAAAUAAUCAUUAUGUUAAUCAAGAGAAUUCAACAAGUGUUAAAAGAUUCUUGCCAAUUUUUUUCUUCAGAAGAGAUGAGAUAUGUGGGGGCAUCAUAGUCUAGUGGCGUGUUUUCCUUCAGCAAGAAAUUUACCCACAUUGUGCUGCACUCAACCCACGCAAAGUGAAUGGGUUCCCGGCCGGAAGAAAUUCCUCGAAUGCCAGAGCCCUUGUAGGUAGCAUGGCUAUAGCCAUGUAAUAACAAGAACAUAAUUGUAAUGUGCAGUUGAGUAUACAUUUACGUACAUAUAGAAAUAUAAAUAAAUAAAUGUACAAUUAUUAGUAUUAUUAUUUUUUGCAUCUCUUUUGCCAAAAUAAAGUGUGUAUAUGAAACUUAUUAUAUUCAUAUCUAAUAUUCAUCACUUUUCAUUGAUAAUAAUAAUUGCUAUUCACUUAUAAUUCUAAAAGAAAUUAUAACUUCAUACAUGUAGUACCAGUGGAAAAACCAGAGUAAAAAAUGAAUUAUUAUUACGUGUUUUAUAAAACUAUGAGGGAAAUACAUAGCGAUCAACAUGUGUCUCAAGAUAUUCUCUGGGGGCGGUUUGUUUAUUCGGUAUGAUCAUUAGGGGGUAAUCUGUCAAUAUUAUCAGUAUUUUCAGGUCUUUUGCCAGAUAAUUAGAAUGCAGCAAGUAAGUAUGCCUCUCCCGCCCUCAUUCAACCUUUUUUGUGCCUGGAGUUUGCAAGCUUUGCAGGUUCAUGGCUGCACCAUCCAUCGAUCUUCAUCAGCCUUUUUCACACAAUCCAUAGGCUAAUAGUCAC